AUGAAAAAGUAUCUCCUGAUCUUCUGCUUGUGUCUGUUUGGUUCUGGUUCUGACCCUGGACCCUGUUUUUCUUUUUCUCCUCCAGAACAAGAGGAGAACUUUGAGUUCACCAUCGUGUCUCUGACCGGUCAGUCGUGGCACUUUGAGGCGACGUCGUACGAGGAACGAGACGCCUGGGUUCAGGUGAUCGAGAGCCAGAUCCUGGCCAGUCUGCAGUCCUGUGAGAGCAGCAAGAACAAGUCUCGUCUGCCGAGCCAGACGGAGGCCAUGGCUCUGCAGUCCAUCAGAAGUAUCCGAGGAAACGGUCGCUGUGCCGACUGUGAAGCUCAGAACCCGGACUGGGCGAGUCUGAACCUCGGGGCCCUGAUCUGCAUCGAGUGCUCGGGGAUCCACAGGAACCUGGGGACCCACCUGUCCAGGGUCCGGUCCCUGGACCUGGACGAGUGGCCCCUGGAGCUCAUCAAGGUCAUGUCGGCCAUCGGCAACGAGCUGGCCAACAGCGUGUGGGAGGCCAACGCUCAGGGACGCCUCAAACCCGGACCAGACGCCAGCAGGGAGGAGAGGGAGCGCUGGAUCCGGGCUAAGUACGAGCAGCGUCUGUUCGUGGCGUCGCUUCCCUGCGUGGACAUCCCUCUGGGCCAGCAGCUGCUCCGGGCGACGGCCGACGAGGACCUGAGGGCCGUUGUGCUGCUGCUCGCCCACGGCAACCGGCAACAGGUCAACGAAACCUGUGGCGAAGGAGACGGACGCAACGCGCUGCACCUGGCCAGCCGCAAGGGCAACGUGGUCAUCACCCAGCUCCUCAUCUGGUACGGCGUGGACCUGAUGGCGAAAGAUGCCCACGGAAACAGUGCGAUGGCGUACGCCCGGCAGGCCAGCUGCCAGGAGUGCGUGGACACGCUGACUCAGUACGGUUGCCCCGACGACCGCUACCCUCUCAUGGCCACGCCCAACCUGUCGCGCCGCAACACCAACCGCAACAACAGCUGCAGCAGCGCCGGCAGCGCUGCACUUAUAUGACGACGAGGCUUCGCCAGCAACCAAUUGGGAGCACCGUUUAAUCUGGAACCACUUCCUGUUGUGACUCUAAGCCCCGCCCACCUUCCUUGUCAGCCGCCGCCCCUUUAGGACUGAUUAAAGCCGAUAGGCGGCGACUCUUCCUCUGUCCCCGGGUCUGUUUUGGGAGAAAGAUUCCAGAGCAUGCUGGGAAAUGUGGUCCACAAUCAUAUUGGGAAAAGGUCACAUGACUCGUGAUGACAUCAUACCUCAUCAGUCACACUACAAGGCCAGUUCCUGCUUAGCAGCCAAUCAGGAUCCACGCCAAAACAUAUCUAAUACCAAUAAUAAUAUCAGCGAGGAAAUUCUCCGUAGCAUGACGGCGCUUUACGACAAAGCCAUUUAAAUUCUUCAUCAUCAAUCAUUGGAGGACGCAGCGUUUAGCUCCUCCCACUUUUGUUUCAUGGAUUCUGUGAACUCUUCUGCCUUCACACAUUUUUUUAAUGUGAAAAUAUCUCGAUGUUUAGGAUCAAAGAUAAAAAAGAUAUCAGAUCAGUUAGAGGUAAAGUGGUAGAUCGCAUGUCCUAGACACUUCCUGCUUCUUAAUUUAAGGCAUUCUUCCUGGUUUGUGUAUAUUGUAUCUCGAUGUGCAUUGCUGGACCAAUGGUUAAAAUGUCAACAUGGGGAAGGUU